GCGAAAUAAAAAUUCCUAGACAUUCGGUUUAUCUUUAUUUGGUUGCUAGUUAAAAAUUGUUCAUUUUCUGUUCACUGUCUAGUCUUUAUUAUUUAAUUUGCUCAUUCAUCAGCUUAAAAUUUAAAAGAUUACGCUUAAACUUAAUUAAAAUUGUUAUCAGGCAAAGAUUAAUAUGGAUCCAUCAUACAAAGAACAAGGAGCAGAAGCUGCUCAAGAAGCCAGUGGCACUGGUGACCAUCAAGUUGAAGAGCCAUUGGAUUUGAUUCGGUUAAGUUUAGAUGAAAGGAUUUAUGUUAAAAUGAGACAUGGACGUGAAUUGAGAGGUCAUCUUCAUGCUUAUGAUCAACAUCUAAAUAUUGUCCUUGGUGACGUAGAAGAGAUCAUCACAAAUGUCGAAAUUGACGAAGAAACUUAUGAGGAAGUUUAUAAAAUAACCAAAAGAAAUGUACCUAUGCUUUUCGUCAGAGGUGAUGGUGUUAUUCUGGUCUCACCUCCUAUCCGUGCUGGAAACUAGAAUUAAAUAGAGUAAUUUCAGUUUUAUCGUCAUUUUCUUUUCCAUUUUACAUUAAUUUUUCUUACUCCAGCCCAAUAAAAUCUUAUCAAUGUUAUUUCCAAACCUAAAUGUGAUCAUAAUAAAUCGCAUUGUAUCGAUAA